AGUACGGUAUCAAGUGCAGGCUAUACAAGCCUCCUUACCUCUCUUGCCGUCAAGAUAUACCAUCAGCCUCCGCGCUGUCCGCUCCGGCGCAAUAGCCCAGCUUCUCUCCCGUUACCACGAAGUCUCCCGCGGCCUACCCCCCACGCCAUUCCCCUCCCUAUCAACCCUCAUGCCACAACCGAGAUCGAAAGGAAAGAGCAAGUAUUAUGCGGUUGUUCGAGGCCGGACACCGGGGGUUUAUAGGGAUUGGGCGACGUGUGAGAGGGAGGUCAAGGGACACACUGGGGCGGUGUAUAAGAGUUUUCCGAGUGAGGAUGCGGCGAGGGAGUUUUUGAGGACAGGGGGGAAGAGCUCGGUACCGGAUGACAGUCUCGCUGCUUUCAAGGCUGGGAGUGGGAUAAAGAGAGGCGUGGCGGACGAGAUAGACCUCACGCCAUUCAAGAAAGCUCGUACCGCAGCACAACUACCAGCACGCCCACCCUCACCAAUAUCGAAAUCAAAAGACAAAACCGAAUGGCUAGAAGUCUACACCGACGGCUCCUGCCUCGGUAACGGGAAACGCAACCCCGUCGCCGGCGUGGGCGUCUACUUCGGUCCCGCAGACCCCCGAAACUGCACCGAACGUCUCCCCGGCCCAACACAAACAAAUAACCGCGCCGAACUCACCGCAAUCAUCCGUGCGCUCGAACGUACCUCCAAGGGGGAGAACGUGCGGAUUUGGACGGAUUCGCAGUAUUCGAUUGGGUGUUUGACGAAGUGGUGGAGGGGGUGGGUUGCGAAAGGCUGGAAGGGCGCGACGGGGAAGGGUGUUGAGAAUGUCGAUCUCAUCAAAAAGGCGCUCGAGCUCCUACGGAGACGCGGGGUUGGGAAGAUUAAAUUCGAGUACGUGCGCGGGCAUGUCGGAAUCCAUGGAAACGAAAUGGCAGAUCAACUCGCCGUGAACGGAUCCCUCCACGGCAGCCCAAUCUCUCGAGAGCCGAGCCUACCGCCUUCGCGUAGCCCAACACCGGAGUUGGAGGAGGUUAUGCCGAAGAUUGCAGUUGGGGCUGUGAGGAAGAGUCCGGAGACGGGGGAGAUUGAGGAGGAGGAGUAUGUUGAUGAUAUGUUGGAGUUGACGGAGGAGGAUUUUAGGCAUGGAUAAGCGAGUCGAGUAGGGUUUUGGGAGGAUGUUUUAUUCAUUGCAUUUGCAUCAAACCGAUGACACGGUUUAACUAGCGUGUGUAAGAUAGUGCGUACACAGCAUGGUAACAGCAUUUAUGAUCAGAAUAGAGGAUGACGCCAGAAUUCUUCGUUCAGAGAAGUUU